CAGUUCAUUUAUGCAUCACCUUCCACUCUACUUAGCAUUAUGGCUGGACAGAGCUAGCCUUAGAGAGAAAAGCAAAGUACAACUCAGUUUUGGGAGCAGAACUGAUUUCUUGCUUCAUUUUCUUUCAACACAUUGCUUUAUUUCUUAGAGUGGAUCAAUAGCAAAACACAGGUUGCAUGAAAACACCCUCCCUCCAACAGCCCCACCUCCUCAUGAAUACACAUCCACUGGAUCCAGUCUGUCUGACCUCGCCCACCCACAUAGCUUCCCAGAAGCCUUCUAGGACUUGUACCGCUGUCCUCGCAGAAGGAGCGCUCACUGUGGGCCUUGUGCGGCAGUGUCAAACAAUCCAUGGACGAGACCGGACAUGCAUCCCACCCCGGCUCCCCCCAGAGUGGGUCACUACACUGUUUUUUAUCAUCAUGGGAAUCAUUUCAUUGACUGUCACAUGUGGUUUGCUGGUGGCUUCUCACUGGCGAAGAGAAGCUACAAAAUAUGCCCGAUGGAUAGCAUUCACUGGAAUGAUCCUUUUCUGUAUGGCUGCCCUAAUAUUUCCAAUAGGAUUUUACAUCAAUGAAGUCGGAGGUCAACCGUAUAAACUACCCAACAACACAGUGGUUGGGUCAUCCUAUGUACUUUUUGUCUUAUCAAUUUUCUUUACAAUAGUAGGACUUCUGUUUGCUGGCAAAGUUUGUUUACCAGGCUGAUGAAUGUCUAAA